UUUCAACUACUAGCCACUCCUUCGUCCUCAACAUUACUGAGCAGAGUGCUGUUUGAGCAAACACGUUCAAAACUAAUUGGGCGGCUGUCGAGAAGCCACGAUAAUCUUAUGAGAGAAAAUGAAGUCACUCGGCGCUCGAUGCUGCUAGCGAAAUUGAGGCGAAAAUCAAGCAGCUCUACCUUGCUGGGCAAGCCAAUUGAUGACGGUAGCCUCGAUAACGAUCAGACUCCAGUCCCAGAGCAAGCUCCGGUACACCACAUAACACAGAGGUCGGUGUCGUAUGUGGUGGGUGCAGUCGCAGCGACCGAUAACAACGUCGUUGGUCCCCAUAAAGAAAUCGACUGCGAAGUAGAGUUCAAGAACAUCUGCAAUGCACAUAAAGGGAAACUGUCUUCUAUUUUCGACCGCCUCGGUUUGGAUUGGACCGAUGCGAAAGCUUCAAGUGACUUGAAGAGGGAUGUAGGGUUUGCGUUGAAGAAUGAACGAAAUGGCGAAUCAUCAGCGUCUAACUUCAUGCGGGCUUGUUCUUCCGACAAUCGCGACUCCUUCGUAAGCAGAAAAGUUGAUAAUGGCCAUAGAAUUAAGUUUAUUGCUCCUGAUGAAGGAUUCUCAAUCAAGCCAGAACUUGUGGAGGUGUUUGAAGAGAUUCGAAUGUGGGAAACCUUUGACUCCAUUCCGUAUAAUCUGUAUCAGACCAUGAAGUCACGCCUUCACAAUGGCAUGGACAAGAUAGCUGAUCGGAAAACAUUUUUGUGUAAGUUUGAAGAGUAA